UGGAGGAGGUGGCCGCGCGGCUGCAGCGGAUGCGCCGGGAGCUGAGUAACCGCAGGAAAAUCCUGGUGAAAAACCUGCCCCAGGACAGCAACUGCCAGGAAGUUCAUGAUUUAUUACAAGACUAUGAGUUAAAGUAUUGUUAUGUGGACAGAAAUAAGCGAACAGCAUUUGUUACUUUAUUGAAUGGGGAACAAGCCCAGAAUGCAAUUCAGAUGUUUCAUCAAUAUUCUUUUCGAGGAAAAGACUUAAUAGUACAGCUACAGCCAACAGAUGCUUUGCUGUGUAUUACCAACUUGCCCACUUCUUUUACAUUAGAAGAGUUUGAAGAACUUGUUCGUGCAUAUGGAAACAUUGAGAGAUGUUUUCUGGUCUACAGUGAAGUCACUGGCCACUCCAAAGGCUAUGGAUUUGUGGAAUACAUGAAAAAGGACUUUGCUGCAAAGGCUAGAUUGGAGCUAUUGGGCAAACAGUUGGGAGCAUCAGCUCUCUUUGCACAAUGGAUGGAUGUUAAUCUAUUGGCCGCAGAGCUCAUUCAUUCUAAGUGCCUUUGUAUAGAUAAACUCCCUACUGACUACAGAGAUUCCGAGGAGCUGUUGCAAUUUUUUUCCAGUAUCCAUAAACCUGUGUUUUGCCAGCUUGCACAGGAUGAAGGUAGCUACGUUGGUGGCUUUGCAGUGGUUGAAUAUAGCACUGCGGAGCAUGCUGAGGAGGUUCAGCAAGCCGCCGACGGCAUGACCAUCCAGGGGAGCAAAGUGCAAGUUUCCUUCUGCGCCCCAGGAGCCCCAGGGCGAAGCACGUUAGCCGCGUUGAUAGCAGCUCAACGCGUGAUGCACAGUAAUCAGAAGGGCUUACUUCCAGAGCCAAAUCCUGUUCAAAUUAUGAAGAGUUUAAACAAUCCUGCCAUGUUACAGGUUCUUCUCCAACCCCAACUCUGCGGGCGAGCUGUUAAACCAGCAGUUCUUGGAACACCUCACAGCUUGCCACAUCUGAUGAAUCCAUCCAUCUCCCCUGCAUUUUUACAUUUGAAUAAAGCACAUCAGAGCUCAAUUAUGGGUAAUACUUCUAAUUUAUUCCUUCAGAAUCUCUCCCAUGUAUCACUGGCACAGCAACAAUUAAUGAAGUUUGAGAAUAUUCAUACUAAUAAUAAACCGGGCUUACUUGGAGAUCCCCCAGCGAUGGUACUUCAGGCUGCAGUAGGAAUAGGGUCAGCACUUCCCUUGAAAACAGAGUUGGGUCAUCAUGGAGAAGCACAUAAAACAUCUAAUCUGAUUCCAACUCAAACAACUCUAACAGCUGGAAUGGGCUUAUUACCGUUCUUUCCAAAUCAGCACAUUGCUGGACAAGCUGGGCCAGGGCAUGGGAAUACUCAGGAGAAACAGCCAGCCUCCGUGGGAAUAGCAGAAGGAAAUUUCUCAGGGUCACAGGCUUAUCUUCAGAGCUUUCCGAACCUUACUGCUGGAGGUUUGCUGGCAGGACACCAUAAGCAACAACAGAGUCAGCCAAAAAGCACAGAGAUGAGUUCAGGGGCUGCCUCUAAGAAUCAGACGUCACUCUUGGGAGAACCGCCAAAAGAAAUCCGGCUGAGUAAAAAUCCCUACUUAAACUUGGCCAGUGUGCUGCCCAGUGUGUGCUUAUCAUCCCCUGCAAGUAAAACCACUCUACAGAAGACUGGAAUUGCGAGCAACAUUCUGGAGGCAAUCUCUCAGGAAAAUGAAUCACAACACACAUUGGAAAAGUGCAUUGCGUAUUCUCAGCCUUUUGGUGAUUAUGCACAGGUGUCAUCUUUAAGAAAUGAAAAGCGAGGUUCAUCUUAUCUCAUCUCUGCCCCAGAAGGUGGUUCCGUGGAAUUUGUUGACCAGCAUUCUCAGGGCACAGGAGCAUAUUACAUGGAGACCUACUUAAAAAAGAAGCGUGUGUACUGAGCUAAGUUCUCUCCUUAUAUAACCUCCUAUGGCUCUUUGAGUAUCUCUGCUGUUCAUCGCUGCCUUAACUACAUUCAUACUAGCCAUAUCCUUUAAAUACGGGUUUAUAAUUUCCCAGAAGGAAUUGUGUUGUGCAGCAGGCAGAAUUGCCAAAUAAAAAGUAAGUAGCAAUAAGAAGGGACCUUUUCCAAUAGAAGUAGAUGCAUCUUAAUCAAUGCGGUAUUAACUUAUAGUCCAGUGCAGAAAUUAACAAUAUUCCUUAUUUUAGGACUGGGAAUAAUUUUGGCACCAUACAUAAAAAUUUGAAGCAAUAAAUGGGAAACAGUCUUGUUUCCUGGGCCUUAGAAGAGUUUCUUACAUGCCAAUGUGCAUUUCUAUUUACCUUCCCUAGAAGUAAUCUUACUUAUAGAUUUUUAGAAUUACAAGAGUACAAGUACAAAAUGCAGCAAUACUGAAAAAAAGAUGCUAUACAUGCAAACUAAAUUAUUAGCCACAUACACCAGCCAUGUAAUAUAAAACCCCCCCAGAGAGUGAUACCCUGGUAUACACUACCACAGAUUCCUUACUUCUAAUAUGUUAUUAACCAUAUAUGCCUUUUGUGAAAAAACAAGGUAUUUUAAGAAAAGUAGCCUUGAUGCUAUUACUUAAGCGGGUGGCAAACCAUACCCUGUGAUUAAUUUCAGUCCUCCACCUGCUUUUGUACAGACUACAAGCUAAGAAUGAUGUUUACAUUUUUAAAUGGUUGGAGGAAAAAUGAAAAUUUUAAGAAAUUGUGUCCAUACAUAAAAUUUUAUUGGAACACAACCAUGCUAACUCACACCCUGUCUAAGGUUACUUUUGUUCUACAAUGGCAGGGCCAAGUAGCUGGACAGAGACCUGCAAAGUCUCAAAUAUUUAUCAUCUGGCCCUUCAUGGAGAAAGUUUGCUGAUCCCUGAUCUAAUAGUACUAAUUCCCUAAUCCUUUUACUUCACCUAAAGAAAGACCUUUAACUUUUGCACCUGACUUGUAAGUGGCAAGGAACUUAGGUUUCUGUCUCAUUCCAUGACGUAUCGACUAGUAAUUAGAUCAUUAAAUGCAUUAUUUCACAGUAUGACAGUAAAGCAGUCAAUGCUGUUCUUUCUGAAAGAGUCUUAUGGAGUGAUAGUAUUUACCACCAUUUUGAACUAAUAAUAAUAAGCUUUACUUCACUUUGUCUCUUAUUCUGUUGUAGUAUGUUAGGCUAAAAAUAAAACAAUUUUGUUGCAUAUAACUUCUGACAUCACCAUUUCCUGAAGACAUUGGUAUUAAAUGCAUGAGAAACCCUUUGCCAUCUGGAAAUAUCAAAGUUUGUUCCUUGUUAUGAGACUGUAAUUGAUAAGGAAUUUAGGAAUCUCAAUGAUCCUAGUCUUUUUGAACUCAGAUUGUUAAAUAUCUUGUAAUUUGGGGGACUUACUAUUUUUGACCAUGAUAAUGAGGUAUAUAUCCUGUUUUAAUUAUGAAGUUAAAAAAAUUGGUGCAUAUGUUGUAAAAAACAUUACUUCGUCUAAUUUAUUGCAUAUAUUAACUUCUUUUGGAAAAUGAAAGCUAAUUUCUAAGAAGGAUACAAGGAUACUACCUAUGAAUAACGAUCAGGAUAGGCAUGACUCAGCAGACCAAUAAUGGGUUCUCCAUGCUCUGCACUUCUGCCCAUUUUCCUGCCGCAUUAAGCUUCAAUGCUUAGUCACACACAUAAGAUGGUGAAUUUUAAAUAAGAGCUGCGAAAUGAAAAUUCAUUUACAGCACAUGUGGAUCUGCCCUCUGUCCUGGCUUAUGCACCACUAACAUUAGACAUAAGUACAAAUCAAGUGUUGUUAGUAAAAAAGACCCUUCCCAAAGUCUAUAUUGUUAUUUUUCUAAGUAAACAAAUUGUUUGAAAUGCUUUGAAAUGGAGUCUUAAUAUUAAAAGGCAUAUGCAUGUGAACUCUCGUAUUAUUUAUUUGUAUAAAGAGUAAACAAAGUGCAUAUAGAGUGGCCACAGGUUUGA